UUUGCACUCUUCCGGUCGGUGGAGAGUUGUUUUGCUAGCUAGGUUUUGAAUGUAAAUGAGAAAAAAAUCAACAAAAAGCAACAGAGGGACAUAAAAUGACAGCGUUUUACGGAUAAUAUUCAUAAGUUAUAUUUACUCGAGAUUUCUUCGGCUAUGGAGACAUCCUCAAAAGGAAAGGCCAAGCGAAGGCACCUGAGUGCAGCAGAGUGCAGUGGAUUGACCAGCGGCAGCCAGGCAGUUACACAGCCUUUUACCGUCAGCCUCCACAAUAACAACCCCAACAAAGGACUUCUGCCCAGGAGCCCAAAUAAAAGAAGACGACAAGUGUCCAAUAGCCGAAAGCAGGCAUCAAUUACAGGAUUUUUUGCAUCCACUGGAGUCCUCAGCAGCAGCCCGCAAAAAGGCAAAGCAGUGAGGACGGCGCCUGCCCCGGACUUUCCGAUGAUCAUGAAAGAGGAGGAAAAGGUGGAAGUGGCGAUGGAUUUCAUGGAAGGAAUUACUGAACAGAUGUUUGAGGACGAUGAGGAGUUUGAGAUGGGCUCGAGUUCGGUAAAGACUAAGGACAACGAGCAGGAGUGGACAAGAGCGGGAUGCAGCAGUUGGGCAUCUCCUCCACCUGUCUCCAGUUUUCUAGUCGGAAGUGUUAAAAAGGAGGAAGUUGAAGACGACGAUGAGUAUGAUGUACAAAGUCUCCCUGACGCUCAUUACGGCUUGCUGGGAAUCAACCGGGCGUUGUUGGAGCCCCAGGGACACAUUCAGGACUUGCCCGAAGAGCUCCUAAGCAUUAUUUUUGCUCGGCUCCCGGCGGAUGAUCUUUACCGCCAUGUCAGUCUGGUGUGUCGCCACUGGAGAGACAUUGUGAUGGAUCCCCAGUUUCUACCCUGGAAGAAGUUUUACUACAGAUACGAGAAGCAGGAGGAGAUGGCAUUGAUGGAGCUGAAUGCUCUCCUUGAAGGCAACGGCAUCGUUAAGACGAAUGAGCUUUGUGUGCUAAACAUGGUGAGGUACAUGUCGCAGUUUAAGCACAGCAGACGGGUGAAUAUGGCAGAUGUUAUACGGUGUCUGAAAGGCCAUCGGCUCUACGCCCAGGCAGAGGCCUGCAUCAAGCACCGGCUGCCAGACAUGGAGACAAUUAAUGGGGACCCAAACCCUUGGUCUGUCAUGACCCUGAUGCUGAUCCUUGCAGAUAGGGUGAAGGAUGUUCAGGACCUGGUGGCUUGUUUACAAACCUCUGGCUGUUUACUGACUCCAGACUGGAUCUCGGAGUUCCUAUGGGCAGUGGCUGCACUCCUGCUCGCCAUGAGGGACACUAACAUUACCAUCACUAACAGAUGGCACUACAAUAUCUUUUAUGUGUUGCAUCUAAUGGAGAACGCACCCCCACCUCAGAGUGAUGGUGAAGGCAGAGAAAAGCAGAUACACGUCACUCACGAACAACAUCAGAUCCUCAAUCACGACAUCCAGAGAGACCACGUUGUCAAAAUCAUGGCUUUUGCUGGUACUGGAAAGACAACGACUCUGGUGAAGUACGCUCAACAAAGACCACAUCUGCGCUUCCUGUACAUUUCCUUCAACAAGUCAGUGAUCGUGCAGGCCAAGCGCAGUUUUCCUUCUAACGUGGAGUGCAGGACCAUCCACUCGAUGGCCUAUAAAGCUAUUGGACACAGGUACAGAAGUCUGGGUAAGCUUUGCAAUAACCUGAAGCCUUUCACGGUGGCCUGGGUGCUUCCCAAGGGCCAAGGCGGCUUCGUCAACGCCAAAGUGGUAACGCAAACCAUCAGCAACUUCUGCUCGUCCACAGAUGAGAGCAUUGGGCCACAACACGUCCCAGACCGCUAUAAGAAUACCAACGGGCGUGAAGAGUGCCCAUCCGAAUCCAAAAGGAAGAUGUUUGCAAAUGAUGCACAAAACAUCUGGAAGAAAAUGACUGAGAUGAAACCCACGAAACAAACGGCGCACUACAUAACCCAUGAUGGUUACCUCAAACUAUGGCAACUGCAGAAGCCUGAACUUGAAAUCUACGAUGCGAUUUUUAUAGACGAAGCUCAGGAUUGCACUCCAGUCAUCAUGGACAUCAUGCUUUCCCAGGCCUGUGGAAAAAUUCUGGUUGGAGAUCCCCAUCAGCAGAUAUACACCUUUAGAGGAGCCGUUAAUGCGUUACAUGCUGUUCCGCACACACAUCUUUACUACCUAACGCAGAGCUUUAGAUUCGGCUCUGAGAUCGCCUACGUCAGCGCAACAGUCCUACACGUCUGCAAAAAGGUGAAAAAGAUUUUGGUCGGUGGACACCAGGAUGGCACUGUACGGGGAGAGGACAAGGAGACACUGGACACCGUAAGACUGGCUCAGACACAGGUCGGUGGAAAGGUUGCCAUAUUGUGUCGCUGUAACUUAACCGUGUUUUGUGAAGUGGUGCGGCUCACAGACGUCAACCCUAACUGCAAGAUCCACAUCGUCGGCGGUGUUGAAAAUUUUGGGUUGAAGCAAAUCCUGGAUAUCUGGAUACUAAUGCAGCCGGAGGUAAAACGUAGGAACGAAAACCUGAGGAUUAUGGACCCGUUUAUCCGGAGCUUCUGUAGGGAGAAGCUGGGCGGUUACGCAGGCCUGAAGAGGUACGCUAUACACACGGAAGACCGUGAGCUGGAGGCUAAACUGUCCAUGGUGGAGAAAUUCAUCAAUCGCAUUCCACUGCUGGUGGAUCGGAUCUACAGCUGUGCUCAGAGCAAGCCGGACUGCGCAGAUUUUAUCCUGGGCACAGUGCAUAAAUCCAAGGGGCUGGAGUUUGAUACAGUGGUGGUGAUGGAUGACUUCAUUAAAGUGCCCUGCUCCAGACACAACCUGCAGAGGAUGAACAUCAGCCCAGGUAUAAGAAAAGCUUUAGCGGAUGAGUGGAACCUGCUGUACGUGGCCGUGACACGAGCCAAGAGAACGCUGUACAUCACCAAGAGUCUCCGCAACAUCCUCACACUAGCAGGGGAAUACUUUCUCAGGUUUGAACUAAGCAGUACGCUUUUAGAUAAGGAUCAGCAUCGCCGAUGCAGCACCAGAGAGUGUCCCAACCUCAUCACUGCGGAGACGCCACUCGGCAUGCACAAACUUCCCGUCACAUACAUGGACACUGCAGAGGAAGGCGGUGUUCUCUGUGCAUCAUGUGUGGAACAGCGUGUAGGUCCUGUAGCUUUCCUUCUCUCCCCACCUGAGGCAGUCAAGUCGAUGCAUUACACAGAGGAGCAACUCAACCUGCCUAUCAACGUCGGCAUGCUUCUGGCUUUGUUUUAAAGACCCGCACACACACACUGUUAAACUGUUUGCACAAUUCACUUUAUUUAGUGUGUUUGUCUGUGUGUGUGUGUGUGUGUGUGUGUGUGUGUGUGUGUGUGUGUGUGUGUGUGUGUGUGUGUGUGUGUGUGUCCAAAUGCCAUGAUCUUGUCAAAAGCAGCUUUCAUUUCCAGGUAUUCAGCAGUUUUCUUUUUCUAAUCAAAUUUUCAUUAACCGUAAUAACCGUUGAUUUACAGGAAUGUCAGAGGAUAAUAGUUUUCAACAUUAACGUUUGUUUCAUACUUUAAAAAAAAAAUCACCUCAGAGCCUUAGAGAGCUUUAGAGUUUGCCUUUAUAUAUAGUUUUUGUUUUUUUUGGAGAGAUUUUGUCUGAUCUUGAUUUUAAUUCCACCUCGUUACAAUUGUAUUUUUUAUUUUCCACACAAAACUAAUUUUACACAUGAUUAUAUUGUGAAGAUACAUAAUGUGGGGAACAAAGUACAGUAUUAGGACACCUUAGGACUUUUCCAGCCAUAUGUGGUUCUUCCCCCACAAAGCUGGAGGCACACAGUUGUACAGGACGUCUUUGGAUGCGGGAGCGUGAAGUUUUUUUCCUUCGUUUGAACUCUGAGACCCAAACCUGUUCCAACAUGACAAUGCACCUGUGCACAAAGCCAGCUCCAUUAAUAUAUCUGGUUUACAUGGGUUGGAGUGGAAGAUCUUAAGUGACCUGCUAUACUCUGACUGCACCCCAGGCCUCCUCACCCCACCUACAUCAGUAGCUGACUUUCUUAACACACCUGCGGUAAGUGGAGGUUGUUAAAACAGCAAAAGGUCUAAAUAUGGAAUGACAUGGUCAGGUGUCCACAAACUUUUGUCUGUAUCGUGUAUAAAGACAUACGCAGUAAGUACUGCUGUUGGCAUCUAGACGGUAAAAUACCUUACUCUUAUUGACCUCACUGCAGGAAUGCUGACGUCUGGAGUGCAUUGCUUUCUCUUUUUUUUUUUUUUUUUACAUUGUUGUAAUGUUCAUCUUUUCCAAGCAUUUUUUUUUUGCCACUUCAGUCUGGAAUACAGAUGCAAUCUUACCUGUUGUUCAUUCAUUGGAAUAUGUUUUUAAAUAAAAUUCUGGUUUUCCAUGUCUCCUUUUA